GUCAGCCAAGUACCUGUAUUUACGAAAACUAUUCGAAUAGAAAUGUGGUAAAAUCUUAGAGUAAUUGUGAAUUGUUGCUUAAUUGAAAACCAAUGUAUUGAAAUUGUAUCCACUGAUUAAUGAUCGAUGUCCGUUUAUUGACUAAAAAUUGAAAUUUUGAUGAAUCUGAAGGCGUUAAAUUGGCUGCUGGUUAACUAAUUGAGCUUCCUUUAAAGUAAAGAAGUAACUUGUUUAUUUUAUGAUCAAAUUAGUUCGUAGUUCUGAGAAAUACGAGACGUGUAGUAUUCGUAUUCUCGGAUUAUAACUUAAAUUGACAUAGACACACGUUACCACGUGAUAAUUAUAGCUGCAGCCCGCGGGCCCACUUGAACAUGAAAUCGGGAUAAAAUUUAUGUCUUAAUCCUGGCUAUAAACUAUUUCUCUACCAUGUUUCGUCUAAAUAUUUCUCUCACUGGUUUUUGCGUGAAAGAGGCUCAAACUUCCAUAAAUCCUUCCAAACAUCAUCAAUACAUCAUCAUCAUCAUACAUCCAUCCAUACAUCCAAACUUUCGCGUUUGCAAUAAAAGCAGGAAGUAGGAUAUAUAAAAUUCACAUUGAACAGUACUGAAAAUAUUGCCAUCUUAAAUAACAUAAAAAAGUAGUUGAUGUAAACAUUUCAGAAAGCAUUACAAUAAGACGGAUGAAGAAAUAGAAAACUUCUUCGCUGCGCUCCCGUUCCUUAAGAACUUCGAGAGGAGAAGCAAAGACGUGGGGAACUUUAGCGAUAUCAUGGACAUUAUGAAACACCAUUUCUUUACCAUGGAUACUAUUAUGGAAGAAAUCCACCAGAAAUGCGAGGACUUACUGGUUUUCUGUGCGUUUAAUAGAAAGCCAAGGAACUGUGAAGGAAUGUUCGUUCUUAUCAAGACUUAUGAGGGACACUGCUGUACUUUCAACUAUGCUGCUUUAAACGACGCCAGUGAACUGCCGCUGUUGCCACCCGAUGAGGAUUUCGAGUACUACGACGAUCACAGCGACGACGGAACUGAGGCGAUUCGAUAUCCUAACAGUAUCACCACUUCGGAGUCCGGCAGGUACCUAAUUUAUUUAAAAGAGUUUCAAAUGACAUGUUUUUCGGUGCUUAUUUUCAGACGAUCAGGUCUCAGCGUUGUUUUGAACGUGGAGCCCGAAGACUACCCGAACUGGUCAACUAUACCUUAUUAUGGCGUCAAGGUAAUACUGAGCGACCCAAAUGACUACCCAGAAACAACAGUUCUGUACCGGUACAUAACCUUGGGUGAGUCAGUGGAUAUCAAGGUGGAGCCUCUGGUCUUCCAGAGUGACUCCAGCAUCAGGGCCGUGGACCCUGAGAAGCGGGAGUGCAGGUUCCACGACGAGGCGUCGCUAGCUCACACGGACCGAUACAGCUACGAAACAUGCCGCACCGAGUGCAAGAUGAAGAAUUACUUGGAAAAGUGCAGUUGUGUCCCCUAUAAGUAUCCGAGAGAGAAAACGACGCGCAUCUGUGAAUUACAAGAUUUAAAUUGUUUGAAUAACGUCACAGUUCACCAGUCAAACGACAAGAUGAAAUGCGACCCAGUCUGUUUCAUGGAGUGCUGGGAUAAGAAAUAUAGCGUCACCAGCGAUUUGACUCCUUUUCUACCAAUAAACUACCCAGAGGAAGUUACGUAAGUCAUAUAA